CUCGGACUUGGCACAGACAUUUUACAGCAUGUAAGGAUCCACUACAAAAAAACCCGAAGGUGAUACAUGCAUUAUUUGGCUCUACAGACUGAAAACACCUCUGUAGUGCACAAACACCUGUCAGUUACGAUCAAUAGUAGUGUCAGUGCUUUGAGGGGGUGGUUUGAUGGCCUCCAGAGGGGGCCUCGAAGCCCAUUUAUGUAAUGAAAUGAAUUGGAGCUCCCUGGAGUGUCUCUACUCUCCAGUCACCAUGCUCCGCUCUCCAGCCUUAGCCCUUCUUCCCUUAUGCAGCACAUCCCAAGAAGUCGGAAAAAAUGUCUUAACGAGAAAACCCAAUUUCUGUAAGUACCGGUAACAGGUGGUAAGACCAGCAGCUGUCACCAAUACUCAUCUGUGCAAAGCGUCACACUACCUGUCCUGGGCACUUCC